UCCAAUUCAUCAUCUGUGAGCAUUUUGGUGGUUUCUUUUAUGCAGUUUCCUCUGCUCUGUUGAGAAUGUCCGGAAAUGAAAAGGGUCAUGCAAUUGGGAUUGACCUGGGGACGACUUACUCGUGCGUGGCGGUUUGGCAGCACGAACAUGUAGAAAUCAUAGUGAAUGAUCAGGGAAACAGGACUACUCCAUCUUAUGUUGCCUUCACUGAUACUGAGAAAUUGAUCGGCGAUGCAGCGUUUAACCAGAUCAUCAAAAAUCCCACCAAUUCCGUAUUUGAUGCAAAGCGCUUGAUUGGUAGGAGAUUCAGUGAUACCUCUGUUCAAAAUGAUAGGAAGCUCUGGCCAUUCAAGGUCAUUGAAGGUGCCAAUGACAAGCCAAUGAUCAUGCUUACACAACAGGGCGAAGAGAAACAAUUUGCUGCUGAAGAAAUCUCAUCUAUGGUUCUCACAAAGAUGCGGGAGAUAGCUGAAAAGUAUCUGGACUCAACUGUGGAAAAUGCAGUUAUAACUGUUCCCGCUUACUUCAAUAACUCACAGCGUGAGGCUACAAAAAAUGCUGGGGUCAAUGCAGGUCUAAAGGUGAUGCGGAUUAUCAAUGAACCGACAGCUGCGGCCAUUGCUUAUGGCCUUGAGAAACAGGCUGGUUGGUAUGGCAAGAGAAAUGUGAUGAUAUUCGAUUUGGGUGGUGGCACAUUAGAUGUAUCACUACUUACCAUAGGGGAUGGUGUCUUUGAAGUGAAGGCCACUGCUGGAGACACGCAUCUUGGAGGUGAAGACAUCGAUAACAGUAUGGUAAACUAUUGUGUUGAUCAAUUCAAAUCAAAGCAUAAUUUGGAUGUCAGUGAAAAUCCCAAGGCUCUUAGGAGGUUAAGAAAUGCUUGUGAGAAGGCAAAAAGGAGACUUUCAUUUACGUCCACGAUUGACCUUGAAGUUGACUGCCUAGAUCGGGGUACUGAUUUCUUUAUAACAAUUACUCGGGCCAAAUUUGAACAAAUGAACAUGGAUUUCUUCAACAAAUGUAUGGAGCCGGUGGACAAGUGUUUGAGGGAUGCUGAUAUAGAGAUAACUAAUGUUCAUGACGUUGUUCUUGCUGGUGGCUCUUCUAGAAUUCCCCAGGUGCAGGAACUAUUACGGAAUGUCUUCAAGGGGAAGAAGCUGUGCCAGAGUAUUAAUCCGGAUGAAGCGGUUGCACAUGGAGCUGCUGUUCAUGCUGCAGUCUUGAGUGGGAAAGGAGGUGGUAAACUUCAAGACUUCACUCUCUUAGAUGCUACACCUGUCUCACUUGGAGUGGAGGUCGGUGCAGAUUUCAUGGGAAUUGUGAUUCCAAGAAACACCAAAGUUCCUGUAGUUAAGAACUGUAGUAUGACUACAAGCUCCUAAGGGUGUUCCUAAGUU